CUCCCUCUCUCUCUCCCCCCCCCCCCCCUGCUCCGCCAAGUGAAGAGGGAAAAGGAAAGAACGAGAAACGGAGAGGAGGAGCGAACGAACAGAGGGCGACUUCUUCCCUCCUUCCUUGUUUCACGUCCGCUUCCCUCACGCGAUCCAGAUUCAGAUCGAGAUUUAGAUCGGAACGGUCGGUUCACUUGCUCCUGCUCUCGAUCCAUCGGCCUCGGAUCGAAUACGUCGCUACUGGAGGCGCGCAUCUACGAUUUGCCCGAGCUAGGCUUUGAUCUGUCUUGGUCGGAUCCGUCGAAUGCGUCGGUGUUGGAGGCGCGGAUCCAGUAUUUUUCCGAUCUAGGGUUUGAUCUUUGUUGGCCGGACCUGAAGCAUUCGUGUAGCAAUGCAAACUGUAAUCUGGAGAUUUAGAGACUGAGUGCGAUAAGAAGUUCACACAAGCAGAAAAUAUGGCACCUACAAGUAAGGCCGAUAGGAAAGCAGCAUUAGAUGUAACCGCUUGGAUGUUCAAUGUUGUGACAUCUGUUGGAAUUAUCAUGGUCAAUAAGGCCUUGAUGGCUACGCAUCGCUUCAGUUUUGCUACAACAUUAACGGGUCUGCAUUUUGCCAUGACCACAAUCAUGACUUUACUUUUUAAGUGGCUGGGAUACAUUCAGCCCUCUCAUUUACCUGUGUCUAACCUUAUAAAGUUUGUGCUUUUUGCAAACUUAUCGAUUGUUGGGAUGAACGUUAGUUUGAUGUGGAACUCCGUUGGAUUUUAUCAGAUUGCUAAGCUGUGCAUGAUUCCAGUAUCAUGUCUUCUCGAAGUUGUGUUUGAUAAAAUUCAUUACUCAAGGGCCACAAAGCUCAGCAUAGUGGUGGUUCUCGUAGGUGUUGCUAUCUGUACAGUUACUGAUGUGAGCGUGAAUGCUAAAGGGCUGAUGGCUGCUAUUAUAGCAGUGUGGAGCACUUCUUUACAACAAUAUUAUGUGCAUUUUCUUCAAAAGAAAUAUUCGCUAGGAUCGUUCAACCUCCUCGGGCAUACUGCUCCUGCUCAGGCAGCAUCACUGUUGAUAUUAGGGCCUUUUGUUGAUUACUGGUUGACGAACAAAAGGGUGGACAGAUUUGAUUACAAUGCAACGGUCGUGUUGUUCAUCAUCCUCUCGUGCACCAUUGCUGUAGGAACCAAUCUUAGCCAGUUCAUCUGUAUAGGAAGAUUCACGGCAGUGUCCUUUCAAGUAAUCGGGCACAUGAAGACAAUCCUUGUCUUAAUCUUGGGAUUCUUCUUGUUCGGCAGGGAAGGCCUCAAUUCACACGUAAUCUUUGGAAUGAUCUUAGCGGUUUUAGGUAUGAUGUGGUACGGAAGCGCAUCGUCAAAACCAGGGGGUAAAGAGAGGCGCACUUUCUCGUUGCCCAGUGACAAAUCUCAGAAGCAUGGACUGCGUGCAGAGUCGGGAGAGCACGAUGAUAAAGUUUGAGCCGCUCCCGCCCUUGAGUUGACACUUCCUUUUUCACUGUUUGACGUGUUGGAUGGAAAGCUAAUAGCAGAGCAUUCUUGGGCAUUCGUCUUGCAGUAAAAUGGGGAAAUUUCUGUGCCUUUGUCUCCACCAAUCCAGGAUUCCCCGGGACAAUGCUGGGUGAGGCACCAUAGCUUUUUCACAUCAAACUUUUUUAUUUUUCCUUUAUUAUUAUUCUAUGUCAAUUUGACUUCUGGUCUUAUGAAAAGAAUAUAUGUAUAUAUACCCUAUUUAGUAGCCAUAUGCAUGCCUUUGUUA